GCAAUUGGCUGCUGCUGUGCUCCUGCCUCAAGCAGCGCUGUGCCCAGGAAGGGCGCAUUUCGGCGUGACUCUUCAGAGCUGGUGCUGUUGACUGAGACGCCAGAGUUCCACGUUCCUGUCAGCUGAGGACCCACUUUCAGUGAAUAUAGCGGUGCAAACGUGAGAAAAUCAAAAUCCUUCCUGCUUCCUCCAAAAAUUAAAAGGUUCCGGCUUUACCAUCAAGAGUUUUAGACGGCCAGAUUAAUUAUUGAGUUAGCAAAGAACUGCAAUGUUUAAAAUUAAGAAGAUCUGCUGUAUCGGAGCUGGGUAUGUUGGCGGGCCGACCUGCAGUGUCAUUGCCCACAUGUGCCCAGAGAUCCAAGUGACAGUGGUGGACGUCAACGAGUCCCGAAUAAAAGCCUGGAACUCUGAGACACUGCCCAUUUAUGAGCCUGGUCUAAAGGAGGUGGUAGAGUCCUGCAGAGGAAAGAAUCUCUUCUUUUCGACGGAUAUCGACGCUGGCAUCAGAGACGCGGACCUCGUUUUCAUUUCUGUCAAUACCCCGACAAAGACUUACGGGAUGGGCAAAGGCCGGGCGGCCGACCUGAAGUUCAUCGAAGCUUGCGCCCGCCGGAUAGUGGAGGUGUCGGAUGGCUACAAGAUCGUGACGGAGAAGAGCACUGUGCCGGUGCGGGCAGCCGAGAGCAUACGGAGAAUCUUCGAUGCCAACACCAAGCCGAAUCUGAACCUGCAGGUGCUGUCCAACCCUGAGUUCCUGGCAGAAGGCACCGCGGUGAGAGACUUGAAGAACCCAGACCGUGUGCUGAUCGGAGGGGACGAGACGCCGGAGGGUCAGAGGGCAAUCCAGGCUCUGUGCGCCGUGUACGAACACUGGGUGCCCCGGAACAAGAUCAUCACCACCAACACCUGGUCCUCUGAGCUGUCCAAACUGGCGGCCAACGCGUUCCUGGCUCAGAGGAUCAGCAGCAUCAACUCCAUCAGCGCGCUGUGCGAGGCCACUGGCGCGGACGUGGAGGAAGUGGCCAAGGCCAUUGGGAUGGACCAGAGGAUUGGGAGUAAAUUCCUGAAGGCCAGCGUGGGGUUUGGUGGUAGCUGUUUUCAGAAGGAUGUCCUCAACCUGGUGUAUCUCUGUGAGGCGCUGAAUCUACCUGAAGUGGCCAUGUAUUGGCAGCAGGUAAUAGACAUGAACGAGUACCAGCGUCGGCGGUUUGCCUGCCGUAUUAUCGACUGCCUGUUUAAUACCAUCACCGGGAAGAAGAUCGCUCUUCUGGGGUUUUCGUUCAAGAAAGACACAGGGGACACACGAGAAUCCUCAAGUAUCUACAUCUCCAAGUACUUGAUGGAUGAAGGGGCUAAGCUGCAGAUCUAUGACCCCAAGGUGCUGAAGGAACAGAUCAUCCAGGACCUGUCUCAUCCCAGCAUUUCGGAGGACAACCCUGAAAGAGGAAAGACCAACAGGCUGCUCAGGGGGCCGAAAGAUCCCGAGCUCAGCGGAGUUUUCCUUCAUCCUUACAUUUUUCCGUUAUUUGAUGCACAGGAGCUGGACUUCGAGAGAAUCUAUCGCACCAUGCUCAAACCAGCCUUCAUCUUUGAUGGUAGAAGGGUCCUGGACGAUCUCCACACCGCUCUACACAAUAUCGGAUUCCAGGUAAAGAGAUUGCAAGGCGGUUUCUAGCCUCUCUCUGUGUCGGGGGGACUGGAGGGUGAGAGCUGUUGGAACUGCUGGUAAGAUGGCAGCAUUUGUGAUAUGAUUUUGUUCCCAGUACGGAUGUGGAGAUCACCAGGACACUAGCCAGUGUAUUCACGCACGACACAUUUAGGGUUUUCCUCAAGUAUCCCGUUGCAGAGUGACAAUGUGACAAGCGGUGGCUCAGAGGUGCGUUUUCAGUUUUGGUGGAACAAAGUGGGGGUCCUGCUCUUCAGACACCCCAUGUUCUCACUGUUGCCUCCAGUUUUCCUCUCCAAGUCCGUCUGCGCGUCAUUUCCUGUGUACACAGCAGCUCCACAUACCCGUGUUGAUCACGUCUGUAUGUCGCUAGAUUUCCAGGACUGGUCUUGCG